CUUUUUCUUCAUUCGCAAACUCUGAAAGAAGAAAGGCCAUGGCUCUCCAAGUUCAAAUGCAAGAAGAAGAUUUCGGAAUGUGUCCGAGCUUCAACAGUUACUCCACCGGAACAACCUCGGCCGCCGCCAUAAGAGCCGCCGGCUGCUCUGUUUUCGAUUUCAAUCAAUCGCACUCGCCAAACAAAGCAAAGGAUCAGGAAGAAGACGACGACGAUUUCGAAUUCGUCUCGCUCCGUAAACCUGCCGAUUGCGAUGAUGUAUUUGGCGGUGGCGGUUUAAUCCCUCCUGCGUUUCCGAUUUUCAAUUCCGAUCUUCUGUUUGAGGAACCUCAAGUUGAAAAACCGGAAAUCGACGGUCGAGAUUCAGCAAUCGAGCAGCCGAUUCGAAUUCCUCUGGAGAAGCUUCUAAUCCGAGAUCGCGAUUACGAUCCGCAGUCACCUUCGUCUACGUCGUCUUCGUCUUCGUCUUCGUCAUCGUCAGUGGAUGAAUUGGAAGGAGUUCCGUCUGAAACGUACUGCGUUUGGAAACCUAAAUCCAUCGGAACGCCAAAUCUGGCUUGCAAGAAGAGCCGAUCCACUGGAUCAUCGUCGACAAAGCGUUGGGGAAUCCGAGACCUUCUACGGAGAAGCCACAGCGACGGAAAACAGUCGUACAUCUCCUUCACGCCGUCGACGAGUUCAAAUUCAACGAAGAAGGUAAAAGAAAUCAAAUCAGAGACAAAAUCGACGAGGCAAUUAAAGGAAAAGAAAGAUUACUCCGGCGGAGAUCAGAAGAAGAUUUUCUCUGCACACGAAUCAUUCUACGUGAGGAAUCGCACGUUGAGAGAAGAAGGUAAGAGGAAAUCAUAUCUUCCUUACAAAUUACAAGCCGGAAUUGGCUGGUUGUUGGAGUAAAACAUCAUUGGAUUCGGCUGAGUGAGUUAACUAUUGGAGCAUUUAAUUUUUUGCAUUUUCAAAAGCUCUGUUUAUGUUUAGAUAUGAAAGAAAAGGGAAAAAUAAAGAUGAUUGAUGAACAAGUUUUUCAGUUAUCUUUGAACAUAUAUAUGUUUAGAUUAUUACAUAUAUGUAAUAUACAAUGAGAUUGUUAAUUGAUAUGGAUUUGAGAUUCCAUGAGAGAAUUUUGAUGCAAA